AUGGGCCGCUCAACUCAGGCUCUCUUGGCGGAGAACCCGCAGAUAUGCUACGCACUGCUGCACGCCGAAUGCCUGGCGGGAAUGGUGGCUAGCCCAGUAAGGACCAAGGACAUUCAGAACCGUAGGGCCAUCUGUUGCAGGACGCUGCCCACUCCGAAGCCCUCAGCCCUCACCAAAGGCCCCGCCGCCCGCGGCGGCGCCCGCGCCGCGGCCGCGGCGGGGGCCCCGCGGCUCCCGGCGCUGCCACGCACGCUGCUCGACGCGCCCCGGCUGGCCGCGAGCCCCUGCCGCGCGGCAGCGGGCGCCGCCCGCCGCGGCGGGUCGCCCGCGGCCUGCGGGGGCGGCCCCGCGCUGGCGCCGCACUCGGCGGGCAGCGUCGGCGGCUGGCGGCGGACGCUCUCGCACCGGGGCAAUCUGGUCUGCGCCGUGGAGGCCGAGACCCUGUGGGCCGUGCGGGUGCUGCGCGGCGCAUCGCGGCCCAACGGCCGCCUCGACCCGCGAGGCCGCGGGGCUCUGGGCUGGCCGCCCGGCGGCACCAACAUGGACCUGCUGUGGGCGUGGCUGCGGGCCCUGCAGGAGAACAGCACGCCAGGCCGCCCGGGCCUGCGGGUGGACCCGAGGAUGGCGGAGAAGGCGGCGGUCCGGAACACGGACCCUGGGCGCCUCGUCGGGGCGAUGAACGUCGGCCACUCUUUCAAGAUCCCGUGGCCCUGGGACCCUGCGAGGCCCACGGGAGACGGCCCCGGCGAGGAGCUCGGCCUCGACAGGUACGUCAAGGCCCACGGGAGACGGCCCCGGCGAGGAGCUCGGCCUCGACAGGUACGUCAAGGCUCGAGCCGAGGCCUGGUGCGCCCUGCCGGGCGGAGCGAGGCAGCUGCUGCGGGAGAGCGGGACGCAGAGGCACGCGCCCGUUGGUACUUCCAGAGGCGGGGCCGCAUCAUCAUGCCCGAGGCUGGCCCGCUAGAGAGCCCGACCCAGACCCCCUCGAGUCAUGAAAAAAUCACGACGGGAGGUUUUUCCUAA